AUGGAUAGCGAACUAAAAACGUUGAUUGCUGAGCGCGGUAUACUAAAGGCUUCACUCACGCGUUUAAAGCGGUUUUUCACGGAAUCGGCGGGUGUUACACCGAUAGGUGCGCUCCAGAAGCGCUUAGAUGCGAAUGUCGGAUUGUACGACAAUUUCAAUAAAAUACAAAAUAGGAUAGAGCUGUUAGUGUCGGGUACAGAUCUAGAAGGGGCACAUGAAGCCUUCAGGAAAAAAUUCGAAGAGACGUAUUUCAAGUUAAUAGCCGAAAUCGAGUCGCACAUUCUGGCUUCACGUUCGUCUCAACGACAACAACCUUCUGCGAGUCCAGCGGUGACGGAUGGAUCGAAUCAAGUACACGUAAAAUUGCCGACAAUCCAAAUUCCACAUUUUGACGGGAAAUACAAUGACUGGAUCAAAUUUCGCGAUACGUUCAUGUCAUUAAUACAUGAAAAUGAAUCACUGUCGGGCCUGCAGAAGUAUCACUAUUUAAAUUCGGUAUUGCAAGGCUCUGCAGCACGCGUCAUCGAAGCGUUAGGGAUAUCCGAGGCGAAUUAUAGGGUAGCCUGGGACGCGUUGGUGACACGAUACCAAGACUCGACGGCGUUAUUAAGGCACCACGUGCACGCCUUACUGGACAUUGCACCAGUUAAAAAAUUUUCCGCGAGCGCAUUGAGGGAUUUUCUGGAUGACGCGAAAAAUCAUUUACUGGCACUAAAAUCGCUGGGGGAGCCUGUCGAGAAAUGGGAUAAGCUAAUUGUUCCUUUACUAUCCAGAAAACUGGAUGUAGUUUCCGCCCGAGAAUGGGAAAAACGGGUAAUAUCUGCUGAAAAUAUUACGUUCAACCAUUUCGCGGAUUUUUUAGAGGAACGGUCGAAGUAUUUAGAAAAUACAACGACGCCAGCUCAGUAUGUAGCUGGCGGUGCCGAGAAGCAAUUGUUUUACAAUUGCAACAACCAAUUGAUUGGACCAAUUGGUGCUCUCGACGCCUGA